UCCAUCUUUACCUCCAUCCACACCUUCUCUCCAUCUUUACUUCCAUCCACACCUUCUCUCCAUCUUUACCUCCAUUCACACCUUCUCUUCAUCUUUACCUCCAUCCACACCUUCUCCCCACGUUGUCUUCUGUUCACACGUGACAUCACUUCCUGUGCAGAGCUUCCAGAGGUGUUCCUCCUCCAGAAGACGCCAUCCUCUCCAGUCACCUGCAUGGCGACAGGUUUCUACCCCGACUUAGCCGACCUGUUUUGGAGGAAAGACGGCGAGCAGAUCUUCGAGGACGUGGAGCACGGAGAGCUGCUCCCCAACCACGACGGAACCUUCCAGAUGUCGGUGGAGCUGAAAGUGGAGGUGACGGCGGAGGUGGAGGGCAAGUACGAAUGUGUGUUCCAGCUGUCUGGCGUCAAGGAGGACCUGGUCACCAAGCUGGAGAGAAGAAGCAUCCUGAGCAACGCAAGCCAUGAAGACAACUGGAGCGUCGCCCUCGCUGCCACGGCGGCGGUCGUCGCUGUGGCGGCCGUCCUGGCGGCCAUCAUCAUCGUCAUGGUCAGGCGUCACAGAAACAGACAAGCUCGCCACGGCGGCGUGGAGCUCUCCGAGAAUGUGGCGGCUGAAGGCUGAGAUGUUUUGUGCACUGGAACACAGAGAGAUGUCUCCAUCAUGGAGAUGUGCUUUGUUCUUCAUCCCACUGCUCCUCACGCUAUUCCAUCUAUUCUUCUUUGGCCGUUAAAAUACUUUCAACAUCAAACGUUGGUGGCUAGAAAAUCAUUCGGGGCUCACGUUUCAUGGCCUUGACAUCAUGACGAGGAUUUCUUCUUUCUUUGAGUGGCCGCUGCUUAUGAUCAAUAUCACAUUGUGUCACAUCUCUGUCAAUAAAUCCGUUUGUUCUCCA